UAACACUUCAUUGCCUUCUUGACCACACUCACGAUGUGCAGAAUGUGAAACCGGAGAUUGUCCCACUUGCCUGGUCAAGCUUAGGGCGGGACGAAGGAAUCCAGCACAGCCUCCUGGAGGUGGACGAACGCAUACGUAGACACUCAUCCUGAGCCUCAUUUUUCGUCAGUUGAAGAUGGCUCUUCGGAAAAAGUGCCUAGAUGCCUCUCUCCAGGAAGGUAUCAAUAUCGACCGCAUUCCCUUCAACAUUCUGGAAAUGCCCACAGCAUCACUAACUCCUUUUCGCCUCCGCCCUUCCCACUUUCAUCCACAACAUCAAACCCACCAUGAGUCCCACGACAUCCUCCAGGACCUUCUGGUCCAUGACCGUCCUCCUUACCUCACCAGCCUUGGCCUUCAACACCUUCCUCCACACCCGCCAAGCCGACUCGAGCUUCGAUUGGACCGCCAUCACGCCGACCGCAGACCUGCAAUACCACCCCUGCUACACCAACUUCCAGUGCGCCCGCCUGCGCGUCCCGCUCGACUGGUCCCGAACCAACGGCACCACCCCACCGCUCAACUCAAACUCGACCGGCGGCCCCUUCGCAGCCAUCGCGCUCGUCACCCUUCCCGCCACAGUCCCGUCCUCCAACCCAGCCUAUGCCGGCCCCAUCCUCAUCAACCCAGGCGGCCCGAGCGGGUCGGGCACGGGCAUGGCCCUGCAACUGGCAUCCAUGAUCCAGGCGCUCGUCGAUGUCCCCGGGGAGCGGCACUACGAUAUCGUCGGCUUCGACCCGCGCGGCGUGGCGCUGACGACGCCAAGCGCGUCGUGCUAUGAGAGCCACUACGAUCGUUCCGCGGAUACGAUUCGCGCCGCGGGGUUGCCGAGCGUGGUGACGGAGCAGGGGUUAAAGAUGAGGUUUCAGAUGGGUAGGGGGGUGGGGGAGUUGUGUGCCCAGGCGAACCCGGGGGAGGAGAGUGUGUUUCGGUAUGUGUCGACUGCGACUGUGGCGAGGGAUAUGUUGGAGAUUGUGGAGCGGAGCCAUGAGUUAGUAGUGAAGGCUCAGAGGACGAAUGGGACUGCGAAGGGCUGUGGUGGUGGCGGCGGGGAGAAGCCCAGGCUGCAGUAUCUGGGCUUUUCUUAUGGGUCUAUUCUGGGGAAUACCUUUGCGUCGAUGUUCCCUGGCCGGGUGGGCAGGAUGGUGUUGGAUGGGAUUGCUGAUGCAGAUGAUUACAUGACGGCUACAUGGUCUAAGAACCUGAUCGACGCCGAAGCUGCGAUUGACCACUUCUACCAAACCUGCUUCGACGCCGGCUCGGGCUGCGCAUUACGCCAGCCCACCGACACAUCGUCCGCCGACAUCCGCACCCGCAUCAGCACCCUCCUGGCCUUCCUCCAGCAAUCCCCAGUCUCUGCCAUCCACAACGGCCGCCUCUAUGCCGUUACCUCGUUCCUCAUCUCCGAAGCCAUUCGCGUAAGCCUCUACUCUCCGAUCGCGACCUACGAGCCUCUCUCCCUCGCCCUCGCCGACGCCCUAUCCGGCAACUUCUCCCGCAUCCUGUCCAACCCAAACGUCAUGCUCCGCGACACCCGCCUAGACGUCUGCGUCGAGCAGACUCCUAGUACUCCCCCGCAAACGUACAUCCACUCCGAGGAAGUCGCCCUCGGCAUCAUCUGUGGCGACUCAUACUCCUCUUCCACCACCCACGACUUCCCCUCGGCCACCUCCUUGGUGUCCCGCAUUCUGAACCAAUCCGCCACCGUCGGCGAAGCCUGGACCAAAAUCCCCCUUUCGUGCACCAACUGGCCCUUCCGCCCGACAUACUCCUUCACCGGCCCGUUCGGCAGCCCCGCACCAGAUAAUUCCUCUGGCAACACCACGUCCGCCACGCCGCUGCUGAUCCUGUCGACGAGGACGGACCACGCCACUCCGCUGGCGAACGCGUAUGCCCUGUCAGCGCUACACGACGGGUCGGCAGUCGUGGUGCAGGAGUCGGUCGGGCACUGUGCGCUGCUCAGCUCCGUGAGCCAGUGCACGUAUGGUAUCGUGAGGGAGUAUUUCCGGUCGGGGACGGUGCCGGCCAAUGGAACGGUUUGUGAGGCCGAGUGUGAGCCGGCGAUUCCGUUUAGAGCUUGUCCUGGGUUGUCGGAGAUCUGAAGUGGACAUAGCCUGGGAGAGGUGGAGAGACUUGAUGAGAAGGAGUUGGAGUUGACAUGAUGGGUUCAAUUGGAAGAAAGAGGGACUAUGUGAGGGAUGUUGUGGGAUGGGGGGUGGAAGGGUUAGGGGUAACUCGAAUGCAAGGGCUCCAGUAUAGAAUCUGUAGAGUACAUGUAAGACAGAGUCGUGUCUAGCUCGAUGUGAGUGGCACCAAGAGGUACUUUUGAUUGAUGACCUUUCUAUUAGUCAACGGUACUCCGAGAGAGAGAGAAAAACAACCAAUAAUCCGUCUCUGACGCUUCCAGUGCUCAGUGAGAUGGAAAAUCUAU